AUGGAUCCUUUUUCCCAGAACUCUCCCGAGUUUGUUAACCUAUUAGCUUCACAGAGCAGUCAAACAAUAGACUUAGAGUCUCCUGAGAUUCCUAGGUUUAGUAGCCAGAGCUCUGAAGAUCCUAAACCAGUGGAAAAGAGAAAGUGGACACCGAAAGAAGACAUUAUCCUCAUCAGUGCUUGGUUGAAUACCAGCAAGGAUCCCAUAGUGAGUAAUGAACAGAAGACAGGAGCGUUUUGGAAGAGGAUAGAGGAGUAUUUCAAUUCAAGCCCUCAGCUCAGUGGUUUACCUCCUAGAGAGAGGGGGGGAAGAGGGAAUGAGCAGGUGUGCAAGUUUGUGGGUUGCUAUGAGGCGGCUGUCAAAGAGAAAGCUAGUGGCUAA